AUGGCUUCCCUCGACGAGCGUCACCUAGUGGGCACCAUGAAUUUGAAUCCAUACUUCGGCAUCAAUCUCAAUCCUCUGGAUUGGAAGACAUUAUUACGAAUGAACGUUGAAGACAGAGAGCGAGAAAUCGUCACUCGUGCGAAUUUCUACACUUGGGGUCGUCCUCUGCUAAGGGCUAUGAGUCGUGCACUUAUGGAAGCGAUAAAUAUAGCACUAGAGAAUGGAGAUGUCAGCUUCGAAAAGCCACGUGAGGCUAAGCAGUUGGAUUGGAAAGUGCACGAAAUGUUUCCCUACACCGAUAAAGAAAAAGAAGGCGAAGAGUUUGUAAAUGAUCGCAGAGAAAAGUACUGGCCGAGUGCAAAUGACAUCAUUUCGCAUCUGGAUAAAAACCUGGAUCAAUUCAGGAAAACACUUCUCUGCAAGCGACUCACAGAAUUGGUACGACGGCUCUUCGAGAAAACUAGCUGCUGUAAGGUGGUCGCUUUUGGAAUCGGGCCUCUCACCACCAGUAUCGACCCGGAAACAGCCGGAUGCAGAAGACUUUUCUAUCAAACAGCGUCCUUGAUUGUCUUUCGCGAGGUCUGGAAAGAGUGCCAUGAAAAUUCCAACGACACAGAUUUUAAGAUCUUCCUCCAGGACCCUCUUUAUUGGCAACAAGACGUUGACGCCGCGCAACACUACAAUAUGGAAGUUGUUAAUGGACUGCAUGGUCAUCAAAUGGGUUGGCUUAAAAUCGAUCAAAAGACACUUGUUUGCGACUUCGGCACAACGUUACGUAUGUGCGACUUUCUCAUGGAGUUUGCCCGCCCGAUCGCAAUCUUUACCAAUUAUGUUUGGGAUGUUGAAUUCGUCGCCGAAGAUGAGCCAUAUGUAUACUUUCUAAAGAAGGAUAAAGAUGAUCUUCCCUUGCCCUUUCCCGGUGCAGGCACAACUAGAAAAAAGUCACAUCAGAAAACGAAUGAAUUGUACAGCAGGAAUCUUCUCAAUCGGAGCCAGCUAGAUGUUGGGUUUCCUGAAACUGAAAAGAUUCCACACGCAGAUGGCGGUGGCGGUAACAAUUACCUUGGCGGAAGUCCUACUUUGUACAUUCGCAAAGAAUAAUCCUGGGAUAUCAAUGAAGAGAAUAAGCAG